UCAGGAAGCUGAGCAGCCUGUUUCCAGACUUGGAGAGAGGAGAGGCCAGGGGAAGCCAGCAACUGUUUUCUGAAAUCUGGGGCUGGAAAUGGCCACGUGCAACAGUUCAAGUGAGGGGCUGCCUCCGGUGGCCGAGCCAGCCGUGGAGGGGGAGCCUCAUCUGCCCGUGGGCCGGGAGCUGGCUGAGGCCAACCGCUUUGCCUAUGCCGCCCUCUGUGGCAUCUCCCUGUCCCAGCUAUUUCCAGAACCUGAGCAAAGCUCCUUCUGCACGGAGUUUGUGGCGGGCCUGGUGAAGUGGCUGGAGUUGCCUGGAGCCGUCUUGCCAACCAUGACCGCUUUUGCCAACGGCCUGGGAGGCGAAGGAGCAGACGUGUUUGCUGCCAUUUUAUUGAAGGACCCCAUCUUGAAGGACGACCCAUUGGUGAUCAUUCAGGACCUUCUGAGCUUCUCCCUCCAGGAUGGGUGUUAUGAUGCACGGGCCCGAGUCCUCAUUUGCCACAUGACCUCCCUCUUCCGAGUGCCCGUGGGGGAGCUGGAUCUCCUUGAAGAGACGUUCCUUGAGAGCCUGAAGGAAACCAAAGAGGAGGAAUCUGAAACGGCUGAGGCAUCCCGGAAGAAGAAGGAAAACCGGAGGAAAUGGAAGCGCUAUCUCCUGAUAGGCCUGGCAACUGUCGGAGGCGGGACGGUGAUCGGCGUCACCGGGGGUCUGGCUGCCCCUCUUGUUGCCGCUGGCGCUGCGACUAUCAUCGGCAGUGCCGGGGCAGCGGCUCUGGGCUCAGUGGCUGGCAUCGCUGUCCUGACCUCGCUGUUUGGUGCGGCUGGAGCCGGCCUGACAGGAUACAAGAUGAAGAAGCGUGUCGGGGCCAUUGAAGAGUUCACAUUUCUGCCUCUGACAGAAGGCAGGCAGCUGCAUAUCACCAUCGCCAUCACAGGGUGGCUGGCAUCUGGCAAAUACCGUACCUUCAGCGCCCCGUGGGCGGCCUUGGCCCGCAGCCGCGAGCAGUACUGCCUGGCUUGGGAGGCCAAGUACCUGAUGGAGCUCGGCAAUGCCCUGGAGACCAUCCUCAGUGGUCUCGCCAACAUGGUAGCCCAGGAGGCCCUGAAGUACACAGUGUUGUCUGGCAUCGUGGCUGCCCUGACCUGGCCAGCCUCACUCCUCACUGUCGCCAACGUCAUCGACAACCCCUGGGGCGUGUGUCUCCAUCGAUCCGCAGAGGUUGGCAAGCACCUGGCCCACAUCCUGCUCUCCCGGCAGCAGGGCCGGCGACCUGUCACCUUGAUUGGCUUCAGCCUGGGAGCCAGAGUCAUCUACUUCUGUCUGCAAGAGAUGGCUCAGGAGAAAGACUGCCAAGGGAUCAUUGAGGACGUCGUCCUGCUGGGAGCACCUGUGGAAGGAGAAGCCAAGCACUGGGAGCCGUUCCGGAAGGUGGUGUCUGGGAGGAUCAUCAACGGCUACUGCAGGGGGGACUGGCUGCUGAGCUUCGUGUACCGCACGUCCUCGGUGCAGCUCCGCGUCGCCGGCCUACAGCCCGUGCUGCUGCAGGACAGGAGGGUAGAGAACGUGGACCUGUCCUCUGUCGUCAGCGGCCAUCUGGACUACGCCAAGCAGAUGGACGUCAUCCUGAAGACUGUGGGCAUCCACACCAAGCCAGGCUGGGACGAAAAGGGGCUCCUGCUGGCCCCAGGCAGCCUGCCCCAGGAGGAGCCUCACCAGACAGCAGCCGCCUCCUCAUCAGACAAGACCACACCUGGAGACAGCCCCAAAGUGGCCACAGCCACUGACCCUAGCCGAGCCCCGGUGCCGGCAGGGCUGGACCCUGCCGAGAGUCCCCAGAUCUGCGGCCACGGCAUGGGCCCCAACCCACUGGGCUGCCCCGAUUGUGCCAGCGAGACCCAGGGGCCCUGCGCAGGGCUGGACUGA